UAUUUAAUAAUUAACUUAAUGAGAGCUUAAUUAUUAUUAUUAAAUAAAUAAAUAAAUAUUGUACAGUACCAGCUCAGUACUCAUCGAGAUUCAGUAUUUCUUCUCUCCCCCUCACUCACUUACUCACUUUAAGCCCCACUGUUUUCUCCUUUCCUUCUUCCUCAGAUCUCUCUCUCUCUCUCUCUCUCUCAUAAAGAUUCAGAGAAAAAAGGAUAUUAUCACAGUUGAUAUUUGUAGUAAUCGUCUUCUUCAUCAUCACCAAAUGGCUCUGAUGUUAGACAAUUGUGAAGGCAUAUUACUGUCCUUGGACUCGCACAAGUCAGUUCCGGCUCCAUUCUUGACCAAAACAUAUCAGCUGGUAGAUGAUCCCGCCACCGACCACAUAGUCUCUUGGGGUGAAGAUGACACCACCUUCGUCGUUUGGCGCCCUCCCGAGUUCGCUCGCGAUCUUCUCCCUAACUACUUCAAGCACAACAACUUCUCUAGCUUCGUUCGUCAGCUCAACACAUAUGGUUUUAGGAAGAUUGUACCGGACAGGUGGGAGUUCGCCAACGAGUUUUUCAAAAAAGGGGAGAAACAUUUACUCUGCGAGAUCCACCGAAGGAAGACAGCUCAACCCCAAGUGACGGCCUUGAACCACCUUAAUCACCAUCACCAUCACCAUCAUCAGUACCCACAUUCUUCUCUUGGAGUCAACGGCCCGAGUUUCUUUACUGGCUUUUCGUCCAGCCGUUUAAGUCUCUCCCCAGCUUCCGACUCCGACGACAACCCAAAUUGGUGCGACUCACCGGCGAGAGGUGGAGGAACCACCGCCGCCUGUGCAGCAGCUGCUGGAGUUGCUGCGGUUAUUGCCGCAGGAAAUAACUUCAACACCAGUUCGACGGUUACGGCACUUUCGGAGGAUAAUGAAAGGCUUAGGCGGAGUAACUCCAUGUUAAUGUCUGAACUCGCCCACAUGAGAAAACUCUACAACGAUAUUAUUUAUUUCGUUCAGAACCAUGUUAAGCCUGUGGCACCAAGCAACUCAUAUAACCCUUCUUCUUUACUUGUUUGCAAUGCACCAGUAGUACUACCCUCCUCUUUGACUAGUACUACUGCUAAUCAUAAUGGUUCUUCCGUACCGAAGGUGGUGAAUAAUGGACUUGGUUACUAUUAUAAUAACCCUAAGCCGCAAAACUCUCCUCCUAAUCAUCAUCAUCACAAUCAGUCACAGCAACCCAUCACUUCAUUAUCACAAUCCAAUACGACGGCGUCCAAGAGCUCGGUUACUAUUUUUGAAGAGCCCACAAGCAAUUUUAAUGGCGGUUGCAAAACGAAGCUUUUUGGGGUGCCGCUUCAUUCGAAAAAAAGGUUACAUCCAGAAUAUGGCUCUAACAAUAUUAAUAUCUCCACCAAAAUGGAUACCAACAAAGCUCGUUUGGUCCUGGAAAAGGAUGAUCUUGGUCUCAAUCUCAUGCCUCCCUCCACAUGUUAGCUUUUUUCUUGAAUGGUCCUUUAUCUUCUUUAUUAUGGGUUCUAAUUAGAUAAUAUUUUUAUUUAGAAAAAAAAAAAUUAUGUGUGUCUGGAUGGUGUUUGUGAAAUUUGAGUCUAUGACUCUCAGUGUAUAUAUAGUGGGGUUAAUAUUAUCCAUGUUAGUUCCCACCGCCAUGAAUGCAGGUGGGUUUUGGUUAGAUAAGUACUACUAUUAUUGAAGAUCUCCAAAGUAAGUAAUGAAUUAAAAUGGACCGAUACCAUCGUUUUCUUAA